UUUUAGAUCAAUGCAUCCACAUUUGUGUGUUCCUUGCACUUUACAAAAGAGGACUUCAAGUGGACACCAGUUAGGAAAACUCUGACAGCAGAUGCUGUACCAACAGUGUUUAGUUGGACAAGAGAUUUCACCCCAAGAAGAGCUCUUUUUAAACACAUCACACCAAACAAGAAGACUAAGCUGCAGUCAGAGCAUGAGAUGAUGGAUAGUAUUUCAGAGGAGGUUAACCAGGAAGAAGAUAUUGAAGAAUCUGAAGAACUUUUGGGGGAUACUAGGUUACCAUCAUCAUCCUUUCUUAAGUACAAACAAUCAACCAGCGGCUUCACUGGACAUUUGAUCUCAAGCAGUCCGUAUGGUGGCAACAUGGCUGGAUUGUACAAUUUUCUGUCCGGACUUGCUGCCAACCAAGACAGUUGGAGACUAUUUAUGAAAGGAUUAUCACAAGUACGAUGCAUAGAAUUGAAUAACACAUAUAAUUUGGAAGAAAACAAACCAGCUCUCCUCUUGACUAUGUCACCAGCAACUGAUGCUGUCAACCUGUCUCUACGAACAGCAUGCCACCUAGGGUCAUUACUCUGGAGUCUUGUCAUUACUUCUAUGGUCCUUGUCUCAUCCAUACUGACUUGAAUUGCAUUGAAGCUAGUAGUUUUAUUCCUGUCUAAGGCAACUUGUAGAGUGUUUAGCAUGACGUUAUCUACUGGCAGUAUUGGGAAGUCCUCAUCUAGGAUAUUUAAUAUAUAAUGGGAUGACAGCUUUUGUUGGUAACUUAUUGCAGACCCUGUAGGAAAUUUACCAAAUUUUGUGUCUGUGGUUUGUUGGCUAGUACUGUUGCAGACCGAAAGCAUUAAGAUACUGCUAUCAACUUUGGCAACUGCUUCACAUAAUUCUGUUACAGGUGAAAAAUCUAUUUUUGACGGAUUGUAUAGAGUUGAUCGGAGACCACGGGGUUGCCUAUACGGAGAUUUGGAAUUGUAUCCACAAACAACAACAUCGUCAACUGGGCUGCCUUUCAGUUUCUCACCUCUUGGUAUAUGCCAUGUCUGAGGCAAAGAAGUCUUCAAGAUGUCAGAUGGAAUUGAUUUCAGAUUAGAAACUUUCAUAUGUGCCAAUGUGUAAAGAAGACCAGUAACAUGGCCACAUGUACCUGAUUUUCCUAUUGCACAGGAACAAUUGCUGGACUCUAAAGCAGGUCCUUCCACUAAGGAUAUCUACAAAAUGAGAAUAAGACACAAAUCGUCAAUGAUAAAUGUUCAUUUUUUUCUUAAAA